AUGCCAGGAGAUACUGUCACUUUUGUGCCAGAUCAGAUUCAAAGGCCAAUCAGGGAUAAUCACGUUUCUGAGCGUAAAUACUUGAGCUGUCUCUGGGUAUGUCUACUUGUCACCACAAUGACUCUCGUCGGAGCCGCCGUUGAAUACAAUGGGUUGUUGAGGGAUGACUCGAAUGUGGGGCGAAUGCUCUCUCAAUCAACUCGACACUCUUUCAAUCCAGUUUCAAUUCCUAAAUCCCAUGGACCUGUUGACAAUGAAGAUGAACCAUUUUGGAAAGAGGAUGAGAUUUCCAAGAUUGGACAGCUGUGA